CGAGCCCUGUUGUGAAUGUGUGUUUCUGGCAUUGAAGAAUCGUGCUUCAGUGUUAGGCGGGGCUUGAAUCCACCCCACAGAGUGAAGUCAAUUUCAAUGACAACUUUCACACAACAGGAAAUAGAGUUUCUGCAGAAACAUGGAAAUGAAGUGUGCAAACAGAUUUGGCUAGGCCUAUUUGAUGAUAGAUCAUCAGCAAUUCCAGACUUCAGGGAUCCACAGAAAGUAAAGGAGUUUCUACAGGAAAAAUAUGAGAAGAAAAGAUGGUAUGUUCCUCCAGAGCAAGCAAAGGUGGUGGCAUCAGUCCAUGCAUCCAUAUCGGGGUCUUCUGCUAGUAGUACAAGCAGCACACCUGAGGUGAAGCCCCUCAAAUCUCUCUUGGGAGAAGCUGCACCUGCACUGCACUUAAACAAGGGCACACCUAGCCAGUCUCCUGUUGUAGGCCGGUCUCAAGGACAGCAGCAACAAGAAAAGAAACAAUUUGACCUUCUCAGUGACCUUGGCUCAGAUAUCUUUGCUGCUCCUGCUCCUCAGUCAACUGCGACAGCAAAUUUUGCUAAUUUUGCACACUUUAACAGUCAUACAGCGCAGAACUCUGCAAAUGCAGGUUUUGCAAACUUUGAUGCAUUUGGACAGUCUAGUGGCUCGAGUAAUUUUGGAGGUUUCCCCACAGCAAGUCAGUCUUCUUUUCAGCCCCAAAACACAGCGUUCAGAACGCUUUCAUCUAGCUGCAGUUUUGGUGAAUUUACUUCAGCUUUUCCUCUCCAGGCUGUGCACAGUGGAAGUGCUGGAUCAGUGAAUGCUAACUUUGCUCACUUUGAUAACUUCCCCAAAUCCUCCAGUGCUGAUUUUGGAGCCUUCAAUGCUUCUCAGAGCAAUGCAACAGUAACUGGAGCCAGUAAAGCUGCAGUGAAUAAACCAGGUCUCCAGUCAGCAGACAAAUAUGCAGCUUUGGCUAAUCUAGAUAAUAUCUUCAGCGCAGGGCAAGGUGGUAGUGAGCAAGGAAGUGGCUUUAGUACAGUAGUGUCUGCAUCAGCAGCUCCUGUUUUGUCAGCCCCAAAUCAGUCAAGUGCAUCUUCAGACAAGUAUGCAGCUUUAGCAGAAUUAGACAGUGUGUUCAGCUCCACUGCAACCUCCAGUAACGCAUAUACUUCCACCAGUAAUGUCAGCAGCAAUGCUUUUGGAACAGUACCUGUGGCUGCUACUUCACAGACACAGCCUGCAUCUUCAAGUGUGCCUGCUCCAUUUGGAGCAACACCUUCCACAAAUCCAUUCGUAGCUGCCCCUGUUGCCCCAGUGGCACCCUCAACAAAUCCAUUCCAGACCAAUAGCCGAGGAGCAACAGCAGCAACAUUUGGUACUGCAUCCAUGAGCAUGCCUGCAGGAUUUGGAACUCCUGCCUCCUACAGUCUUCCUACUAGUUUUAGUGGCAACUUCCAGCAGCCUACAUUCCCAACCCAAGCAGCUUUCCCUCAACAGACUGCUUUUGCUCAGCAGCCAAAUGGUGCAGGUUUUGCUGCAUUUGGACAGGCAAAGCCUGUAGUAACUCCUUUUGGACAAGUUGCAGCUGUUGGAGUAUCUAGUAACCCUUUUAUGGCUGGUGCACCAACAGGACAAUUUCCAGCAGGAAACUCAUCAACCAAUCCUUUCUUAUAGCCUUAUAGACACUUUACCCAAAAGAACUCUUAUGUGGUCACAUAACAUCUCUGCGCCUCUUGCACUGUUGUCUUGUUUCACUGAUAUUAGCUUUAAACACAAAAGAAGUCUUUAAGAAGUUAAAAUGAAAGCCUGCAUUGUGUACCUUUCGGGGGAGGGGGGAGGGGGAGGGAAGAACACGAAAAACCCAACAAGGAGUCAUUCCCCUCCCCUCACACACACACAAACAAAGAAAAUCAACCCCCUCCCUCCCACCUCCCUGGGUAAUAAUGUGCAAAACAGAGGGCUGUGGUAACAUCCUUGGACCUGUGAACUGGCAGGAAAAAAGUAGCGGUAUCAUGUAUAUUAAAAUUGGCUAAUAAGUUAUUGCAGAUACCACAUUCAUUAUGCUGCAGUACUGUACAUAUUUUUCUUAGAAAAUAGCUAUUUGUGCAUAUCAGUAUUUGUAACUUUAACACAUUGUUAUGUGAAAAAUGUUACUGGGAAAUAGAUCAGCCACUUUAAGGUGCUGUUGUAUCUCUUGGAAUGAAUGAGCUACAUCAUUUUAACCAUUGGUAUUGGAAGUCAUGAAAUUAAAUUGAAGGUUUGUUCAUUUCUCAAAAUGUUUUCCUUUCCUAAGAGCUCUUCUAUUUAUACAUGCCUAAAUCUCUAAUGUUAGAGGGAUACCUGUCUGCAUAAUAAAGCUGAUCAUGUUUUGCUACAGUUUGCAGGUGGAAAAAAAAAAAUAAAUAUUAGAAAAAAGAAGUGUAGCUUUAUUUCUGUGCAGUAACACUUACUUGAGUUAGAAUGUUCAUAUUGUGAAUCUCCUACACAAAUGAUAUAUCAGAAAUUAUAUGCUCAGAAGUGAUUUAAGUUCAAUUUUCAUAUCCUACAGUCUUGAAUACGUCCUCAUGAUUAAGCCUGCUGUUCAAGUGAAGUGGCUUAUCUAUCAGGAAUGAGUUUGUGAACUCUUACAUAACUCUAAUAAUAGCUAUAUAAUAAAGGACACUGGGAGCACUGAGAUGAGUAGUGACUUGAAAAAUGGUUAGUUGCUGAAAGACAUGACUGCUGACAGCUAGUGGAGUCUGUUAACAUGACUUAGUUGUGAUCACAACGGUACGUAUGACCUUGGUACCACAGAUUGAGUAGCUCUUUUUAUUAAAAUUUGUGUGUAUUAGUAAGAA